CGGAGUCCCAAUGAAGGUGAGGGUGGUGUCACGUCGUUCUCUGUUUACCUGACAUACCUGUGCCCCUGUGUUGUUAACACACACACACACACAUUCACGUUCACCCUGCGGCCGAGAGAGGACGAAAACCACACUGUACAAGGAUGAAGGGGCUCCCAGUGCUGUCCCUGCUCCUCUGCAUAUGCGCCAUGUACUUUGUGGGCAUUUACCUGUUCGUGGGUGGGUUCCUGCUGGUGAGGCUGGAGGUGAACAGGACCAGCACCUGCGGAGACGUACUGCAGCCCGGAGAGGAGCCAGUGGACUUCUGCCGCGUCCAGCCUCGUUUCCGCAGGGCUGUCCUCCUCAUCAUUGACGCCCUUAAGAUCGACUUCGCCCGUUUUGACCCCAACAACACGACGCCCCGACCAUACGAGAAUAAGCUGCCUGUGCUGGAGGAGACAGCCUCAUCCAGGCCUUCUCACAGCCGGCUGUACCCCUUCCGUGCUGACCCGCCUACAACCACCAUGCAGAGGAUCAAGGGCUUCACCACUGGCUCCUUGCCCACGUUUGUGGAUGUAGGUAAUAACUUUGCGUCCAGCGCCAUCUUGGAGGACAAUCUCAUCCACCAGUUUGUUCAAGUAGGCAAGCGAGUGGUGUUUAUGGGCGAUGACACUUGGGAGAAUCUUUUUCCUAAGAAGUUCUACCGCUCUCUGCCCUUCCCCUCUUUCAAUGUCAAGGAUCUGCAUACAGUGGACAAUGGGAUCCUCCAGCACCUCUACACCACCAUGAUGGGUGGUGAUUGGGAUGUCCUGGUGGCUCAUUUCCUUGGAGUGGAUCACUGUGGCCACAGGUUUGGUCCCGACCACCCGGCCAUGGCUGACAAGCUCACCCAGAUGGAUGGGGUCAUCAGGUCUGUGAUUGACCGUCUGCAGAACGACACCCUCUUGGUGGUGAUGGGAGAUCAUGGGAUGACGGACACUGGAGAUCAUGGUGGAGAAAGUCAGAAGGAGACUGAUGCUGCCAUCUUCCUCUAUAGUCCUGCCCCUCUGUUUCCGGGACCCCCAUCAAAGAGUGAACAGGAUGUGGUGCCCCAGACUGACCUGGUGCCCACCCUGGCUCUGCUGCUGGGAGUUCCCAUCCCGUACAGCAGCGUCGGGCAGGUUCUCUUGCCUUUAUUCCCUCCCCAUGGGCAGACAGAAGGUGCAGUUGGAGGUCUCAGCCAGCUGGAGGCACUGUGGAUCAAUGCAAAACAGGUAAACCGUUUCCUGGAGACAUACUCUGGCAUGGCCAAAGACAUCCCACCAGAGAGCCUCUCUCAGCUGAAGGAUGAAUUCACCCGUCUCUCUUAUGAGUACCUUACCACAAUUAGAGAGGGUCGGUCACCCUCCCCAGAGCUGGCUGCCUCGCUGCAGGCCUACCUCACCUCUGUCAGAGACACCUGCCGAGCUACCUGGGCUCGAUUCAACCCUUUCAAGAUGGCAGCAGGUUUAGCCAUCCUGGCGUUUGCCUGCUUGAUGUGUUUCAUCCUGUCUGAGCUGUCCGUGGUGCUGAUCAGGGAGAAUGGUCCUGGACUGAAGGCUCCAGUUGCCGUGGCACUAACAGCGGGGGGUUGUACGGUUGCGGGUCAGUUGCUCACGCAGGGCUACAUCGAGGUAGCUUGGUGCGUGGCAGCUGCUGCCCUCAGCUCUGAACUUCUCUUGCUCUGGACAGCUUGUCGAUCUAGACCCAGUGCAGUGGCAAAGAAUGGCUCUAAAGCUCCAAAGUGUUCGCGCUGGCUGACCCCACGUCAUCUCCUCAUUCCCCCUCUUGUGGUUCCACUUCUCCGUUGUGCCUCCCUGCUCUCAGAUAGCUACGUGAUUGCUGAAGGCCGGGUAGUGACCUUUCUCAUGUUCUCUCUGGCUCUCUAUAUUCCUAUCCAUCUCAACUGGGACGGCCUACUUCUACCCCCCAGCCAUGACCCUCUGAAGUCAGCUGGGCUUCUGCCUUCCCCAGCCCUGUCUCCAUCGACUGUGAGGAAAGAAAGCAGCACCCUGCUGACCUGUGUAGGACUCCUUGUUGGCAGCCUCUACCUCUCCCUGUCUUUUCACGGCUGUCGGGAAGAGCAGGGCUCCUGUCAGCCAUCGCCGUUCCUCUCUCCUCUCUCUCGAUUGCAGGACAGCCAGCUGAAGAACAUCCACUACAUCCUCUCUAUCUUCUCCCUGGGCUUGUGGACAUAUCUCUUGAGACGUUGCCUCCGUCACUAUGGUAACCUCAACUCCUCAGGUGGGACAGUGUUCACAGCCCGCUGGAUCUUACCACUGCUGUCUGUCUGCCUGGGGCUCCACUGGGCUGUUAGUGCCACUCCGGAGGACAGCUUCAGGAAUCUGGCCGAGCUGAUCAGCCUGGCCCAGCUGGCCCUCCCCAGGGCCGCCUUCUGUCUCUUGGGGCUGGGGCUGUUUCUGAUCUGGCUAGACCCUCUCACUGUGUUCGUGAAGACCAGGGCUGCAGCUACAGCCAGAGGUUCUUCCCUACCCCCGCCCCGCUACCGAGCCAGCACCGGCAUCAGCCCCCAAGCCGAACUGCACCACCUCAUCCCCCAGAUCUACCAGCGCAUGCGUCGUUCCCUGGACGAUGGAGAGCUGAGCAGGGGCAGCGAGGUGGACAGCGGGCCUGCAGUGGAGGCUUACGGGCUUGGAACUGUAUACUCUGCCCCGUUGCUGCUGUUCUGCGGCCUGCUGGGAAUUGGUUUGCUGCUGCUGCACCCAGAGGGCAUGGCUCUGUCUUUCCUUCUGCUGCUGCUAGAAAUGGGAGCCCUGUUACACAUUCAGGCCUCCUCCACUACCCUCAGUGGCCUACAUGGGACAUAUACUGGCGGCUUUAAUGUGCCCUGGACUCCAAUAGUGAUGUGGUCCCUGGCUGCCACCCAGUUCUUCCAUGCCACAGGUCACCUUCCCACCUUCCCCUCCAUCCAGUGGGGCGCUGCCUUUGUGGGAUUCCCUGAUGGACACACAGGCACCAUACUGCCUGCCUCACUGGUUACCCUCAACACAUUUGCUUCACACAUCCUGUUUGCAGUGGGUUGUCCCUUGCUGCUGUUCUGGCCCCUGGUGUGCGAGGUACGUGGCAGCAGAGGAGGAAGAGCUUGUGGGGAAGAAGGCGAGGACGCUGUGAUGGAGAUGAGACUGAGAGAAAACCCCCAGCAGUUCAGUUCUGCUCUCCUACAACUCUCAACACGCUACCUCUUUAUUCACGGAGCACAGGUCUUUGCUUCAGUCUGUGCAGCUGCUAUCCUCAGGAGACACCUAAUGGUGUGGAAGGUUUUCGCACCCAAGUUAAUGUUUGAGGCCUCAGGGUUCCUGGUGAGCAGCGUGUCUCUGCUGAUCGGGGUCACAUUAGUGUUGAGAGUAGACGUAGCCGUGGGCCGCUGGUUUAAGAGAAUCAUCCCUGAUGCAUCCAGGUAGCGACGGCACUGGUGCUGCUGCUGCUGCUUUAUCACAGACGCCCACCGUGAGCUCACCGUGCCACAGAGAAAAACGGACAUGGUGGUCACUGUAAAGUUUUUAUAUGGAAACAUUGCCAUCGGUGUCUAACAUAAGGAUCCCCACAAACAUGUCAUGUGAGGUCGCCUCUUACUGUAACUCUCUUGAGGGCUAUGUUACUGACACUGAGGCCUGCCUCGUUUUCAGCCAGAAGGACUUUAGGACAUCAAAUGUUGGACUGAACGAACUCUGAGCAUCUGGACAUUUUUUUUUCUUCCAUUUUUUUUUUUUUUUUUUUUUUGAUAGUGUUUUUGGAUAAAGGUUGUAAAGCACCGCACAAAUAUGAAGAGGGUUAAAGGCCUUUGAGGUCCAGAGUUGUAUGUGAUUAGGGAGAGAAUAGUAGUUACUGAAUGUUUCUCCUAAACUCCUGUUUUCUAACUUGAUGGAUGAAACUUUCCAAGCUCAACAAGCCACACAGUCUUGCAAGUGGUUCUUAGUGAAGCAGUUAAAAAGCUUCACUAAAUACAUACAGUUUACACAAGCUACAGGCCUGUCACAGCUGGCUAAUAACCUCAGUAUUGAAACAAAAUUGGCCUUUUAGUAUCUGGGGUUUUUUUUCCCCACCUCAUAACUGAGGCUGAUGUUACACUUAUGUGCAACAGAGUGGCCAAACUGACGGUUGAAUGUGAUAUAAAAAGCAGCUAUGGAAGGAAGACUUUGACAAUUAAAUUAAGCUGACUGUUUUCCCACAGUGACGUAGAACUAAUGAGCAGGUGAAGGUUCAGCGUCUGACUGCAGAAACUGAACCCAACGUCUGGAGCUACUUUAUUAUCAUUUCGUAAAGCAGGUCAACUCCAUUUGACGAGAUCCAUCCAAGUGCAUUACAGCAUGUCAUUUAAGUGUCUGCUGGAGGAAGUUUUCCUUUUUUUUUUUUUUUUUUUUAUGUUUUGUAUUUUCAAGAUGUUGAAAUACCCAGUGCAUCUGAUUACUGCCAAUUCAUACUUUAUUACAGUGCUGUUAUUAUAAUUUUUUUUUUUUUUACAGUUUCUGGUACUUACUCUCUCAUGGUCUUUUAUUUUUUCUGAUUCCUAACUCUAAUGUCUAUUUAUAAUUAAGAUUUUUUAAAUCACUGAUUUUUCAUUUUCUAAUCUCAAAUGGAACUAUUGUCUUAAUUGGGCCUCAUUCACCUUGUCCCUGGAAUAGGUGCCUAGCUUUAACAAAUGCCUUUUUUCGUGUAUGAUGUCAUUAAUUUAGCAGGGCCAUUAAAUCCAGGACCUCCAGAAACACUGUCAGUGAAUUUAUUUCUACAGGACAUCUGAGUCAGUCUCCGGUGUAAGAUCUGUUACUGUUCUGCAGCUGUAGUCAGCAGCUAAAGCUCAUUAGCUAAUGCAUGGUAUUGAAUGGGAUGUUGAGCUCAGGUUGAAUUAGCUAUAAUGCAAUAGUACUGCAUUCCUCAGGCUGUUAUAAAAGGAGUAAUUGGUCAUGUAGAGCGACUGCUGUAGUGACCUCAGCUCAAGUGAUGGUUUGGCUUGGUUGUGUGAUGAGGGGGCACAUUUUUUUUUUUUUCUGUUUUUAAAAUGUUUAAUAUAUAAAUAACUGAUUAAUUCAAAUGAUUUUACAAUCUGUGAAAAAUGUAAUAAAACUUUUGUACAUGA